AUGCUGAUACUCCUCGCCGCCAUCUUUGCCUUGCACAUCAUUGGCAUUAUCCUACUCCUGGUUGCUACCAUUGACAAUGCUUGGUGGGUGACUGAAACCCUAUCCACUGAUGUAUGGGCCAGGUGGAUAUAUAUGAAUGGAGCAUGGAACUACACUGAUCUUCCAACGGGUUCACACUACCCACAGGACUACCUCCAGGCAGUGCAAGCCAGCUCUGUGUUGGCCUGUAUAUUCUCCAUCCUUGGAAUCUUUGUGUUCGUAGCUCAGCUCUUCACUUUAGACAAAGGACAGAGGUUUACCAUCUCUGGCGUUUUCCAAGCCCUGGCCUGUCUCUGCAUUAUGAUUGCAGCCUCCAUCUACACAGACCGCUUCCAUCUCGAUGAGAAUUUUGGUUCUUAUGGUCACUGCUAUAUCCUUGCAUGGAUCUCAUUUGCGCUCACAUUCAUCUCAGCCAUUACUUACUUUGUGCUACGCAAGAAGACUGCAUGA